GAACAAGGCCCCUGUUUCACGGAGCUAAAGAUCCAGUAAGGACUUCACCCAGCAAGAGGCAACUACGCUGGGCUUCGAUGCCCAAGACCUCUGCAGAAAGGUGGAGUGGCAGGAAUCUCCUGAAGCCCCCAAUGUCCAAGGACGCGGAAACCCAGGGCCUCCAGUGCAGGUGUCAUCCCGGAGAGCGCCUGCGGAGUCCCAAAAGAGGCGCGUCCCAUUGGACAAUCCCGAGCGGAAGAGGCCAAGACAGCGGGGGGAGUUGUGACGGGCUGCUGCAGACGUACUUAGAAAAGGGGUGCAUACUGGAUAUUCAGGCCAGGAGAAGAACGCAAAAAGCAGUGACGUACAUUAUUCUCUGCAUGUUUACUUGGGAAAUUGUGCGUCUCCCUAUUCUGAGUCUUGGAGGAAUUGGACUGGUCUAACUCUAUGCAGGGAGCAGUAGAGCGCGGCAGUAUAGAGAGUACCUCACGAAGGGGACGUGGGAAAGUGUUAGCGGGGAACGCUGGGAAACGGCUUUCCUUUAAUCCGGCAGUGACCGUGUGUCAGAACAAUCUUGAAUCAUGAAGCUACUAACCAGAGCCGGGUCCUUCUCGAGAUUUUAUUCCCUCAAAGUUGCCCCCAAAGUUAAAGCCACAGCUGCGCCUGCAGGAGCACUGCCACAACCUCAGGAUCUUGAGUUUACCAAGUUACCAAAUGGCUUGGUGAUUGCUUCUUUGGAAAACUAUGCUCCUAUAUCAAGAAUUGGUUUGUUCAUUAAAGCAGGCAGUAGAUAUGAGGACUCCAACAAUUUAGGAACCACCCAUUUGCUGCGUCUUACAUCCAGUCUGACGACAAAAAGAGCUUCAUCUUUCAAGAUAACCCGUGGAAUUGAAGCAGUUGGUGGCAAAUUAAGUGUGACCGCAACAAGGGAAAACAUGGCUUACACUGUGGAAUGCCUGCGGGAUGAUGUUGAUAUUCUAAUGGAGUUCCUGCUCAAUGUCACCACAGCACCAGAAUUUCGUUGUUGGGAAGUAGCUAACCUUCAGCCUCAGCUAAAGAUUGACAAAGCUGUGGCCUUUCAGAAUCCGCAGACUCAUGUCAUUGAAAAUUUGCAUGCAGCAGCUUACCGGAAUGCCUUGGCUAAUCCCUUGUAUUGUCCUGACUAUAGGAUUGGAAAAGUGACAUCAGAGGAGUUACAUUACUUCAUUCAGAACCAUUUCACAAGUGCAAGAAUGGCUUUGAUUGGACUUGGUGUGAGUCAUCCUGUUCUAAAGCAAGUUGCUGAACAGUUUCUCAACAUGAGGGGUAGACUUGGUUUAUCUGGUGCAAAGGCCAAAUACUGUGGAGGUGAAAUCCGAGAACAGAAUGGAGACAGUCUUGUCCAUGCCGCUUUUGUAGCAGAAAGUGCUGUUGCGGGAAGUGCAGAGGCAAAUGCAUUUAGUGUUCUCCAGCAUGUCCUCGGUGCUGGGCCGCAUGUCAAGAGGAGCAGCAACACCACCAGCCGUCUGCACCAGGCUGUUGCCAAGGCAACUCAGCAGCCAUUUGAUGUUUCUGCAUUUAAUGCCAGUUACUCAGAUUCUGGACUCUUCGGGAUUUAUACUCUCUCCCAGGCCACAGCUGCUGGAGAUGUUAUCAAGGCUGCCUAUAAUCAAGUAAAAACAAUAGCUCAAGGAAACCUUUCCAACACAGAUGUCCAAGCUGCCAAGCCCUAAAACAGGCAGCAACAGCUGAAGUGGAUAUCACAGAAAUGAACAGACAGCAGAAGCUCUUCAGACACCCCCAAAACCUGCCAAAACUCACAGGUAAUACAAGUGAAACGAUAGCAUAAGAAGAAAAUAAACAUGAGAAUCUUGAAACUAUAAGCAUUGAACGGUAUCCUCCAUCCAAGAAGAGAACCCAGUUCAUACAAGGAAAAGGCAAAAGGAAAAGGUCAAGACUGUGACCUUUGUAACACUGUGACCCCAGCUGUGGGCAGGUGGAGUUGUCUGUGGUGACACCAACCACAGCCCUGACACCCUGGUUUCACAGAAGGCUUUUCAAGAUCCCUGGUCUUCACACUCUAGCAGCCAAAAGGUAGGUUUACAAUACGCACUGUCCCCAACUUGCCAUGGAUCAACUACAAUUUUUCAACUUGACUAUGGAGGAAAACCAUCGCAAUUUCAGCUUCCAGUCAUGCAUUUUUAGUUUGCAUUUUUAGUAGAGAUGAGGUUUAGUAGAGAUGAGUUUGGCCAGGCUGGUCUCAAACUCUUGACCUCAAGUGAUCUGCCCACCUUG